AGUGAACUUGGGAUCAGGUGCUGCGUUCUGCAGCCAAGCGCUCAGUAACAAUCAUCUGCUCCCAACAACAUUAAACCUUCACAAAGUUAAAGAACCGGCGCAGAAAGUGUCAAGGACUGGAGAGGCUUUUGCAGUCGGGGGCAACUGCACAAAGGUGAAGGAAACAAGAAAUUGUCAUACACAGCAAACAAAGCAAUAAAAUGAAAUCCAGGGUGUGGCCUCCUGUCAUGUUUAGUAUGUAUGCUCUCUGUGUAGCUGUGAACUUCAGUAACCCAAAGGGACAGAAUGUUGCAGAUGCUACUGACUUAACUGACAGUGAAACCAGUUCAUCAGGAACCAUUCCCUCCAGCAGUCGAUUUACAACUGAAAAAAGCGAGACAGCCAAUCCAACUUUAACAAGUAUCUACAUGACCACAGCAACUCCCAAGACUACUGUUGCCACAACAACCAAAUCAGUGGGUCAUUCCAAUACCACACUGCCAUCCACAGCAAUCACAGCACCACCCAAUACGUCAAGUUACUACACAUCUCAGUCUUCUGUCACUCCAACAGUGAAUUCAUCAACAACAGACAGUCAGAUUAAUAACACUAGUUCUGUUUCGCCUUCCGAAUUAACUCCUGUUGUGAAACCCACACUGCCAGCAUCUGCUGCAACAAGCAAGCAGCCAGUUCUGACUGAUGUUACACAGCCCUACACUGCCUCACUCUAUUCAGUCCUCACCACUGGAGCUUCAGUUUCGCAAUAUCGAAUGAAGAGUUCAGAAAUCAUUUUGACCAUUACCUUCAGCGUCAUUCUGGGACUGACUAUUUUAGGGGUUAUUAUGUAUAAUGUCACCAAAUGUAUACACAAGAGAGAACACUAUUUACACCGCCCACUCUACAACAGCUCACAUUCUUCAUUUGAAGAGCCAGGAGGAAGCUACAACAUUCCAGAUGAUACCCUGGUCAUUUCUGGAGGUUUAUACGACGACUCACGGGUUUACAAUCCCAAUAUGACCAUUCUGGAAGAUGAUGAUGACCUUCGCUCUGAAUAUCCUACAUUUAACUCCAAAUACAGUCAGUUCAGACUGGAAUUUUUACCUGAGGAAAGGGAGUCCACUGCCAGUGGUUCUUCUUUUGUCACAUUUAAACCAGACGACUUCUCAUGAUCCACCGACACAUCCUGAAUAUUGAUUUAUCUUUAGGUCAUACACGGACACCAAUAUUUCAUGCCCAGGAUUUAUAAAGGAUAAAGUAAGCAAAACAUGAUCUGUUUCAAACUUGUUUUUGUACUUUCAACUGAGCACAUAUUUGGUUCUGUGUUUUUCAACCCAAAACACUAUCGUGGAAAACCUGAUUGUUUAAAUAUUUUUGGUUUAGGUCCAACACUAAACAAAAUAAAUAUGUUUGUUUCUACACCUUUCAACUAAACAUGCUCCUGGUUGUAUGAAUGCAAAAGUUAUCUCCAUUGUCAAAAUAGAUUUUUGCAUUGAAUUUUAACUGGUUAAAAAUGGGGAAUGUUUCUCUGCUGUACAUAAUUUGUAAGAGUAUGUAGUUCUUAACCUAUUUACAGUCGACUUCACUGAGACAUCUGAAAUGAAAAUGGAAAUACUGGUCAUCAUAAUCUGAAAGAAAAAAUAGGAAUAGGCAUUUCUGUCAUUUCUGAACAUUAUGUUCUGAACAAUAUGUCAUUUCUGAACAUUAACCUAUUUUUCUCUUCAGAUGCUAAUUUAGCUGUUGUAGAUUAUUAGCACUUUUGUUUUCAUUUCCAUUUUCCAGUAUCCAGUUUUCAUUUUUAGAUUCACUGGGAUAUUUCUACUGUAGGUUUUGAAAGUUCUAAGUUAUAAAUACUUUGAAAUUUAAAGAAAUUUAAUCUUUAAAUUCAAAUAAAUUACUCAUAUAACAUAGUUAUGUUAGACAUCACAAAAUAUUCCAAUAUGUUAAUUUCCAAGAGAAUAUGCCUAGUAGACUCUUAAAUGAGGAAAAAAUUGGGGCAAAUGGCUCAAUGUCCAAAGAAAAUUCAGCUUGUGCUUUGUGCAAUCAUAUGUAAACACUUUAAAAUUAUUAAAAAUAUGCACCCUUGAUGAAAUAUUUUUGUUGCCUCAUAAAACAAAAAUAGAUAUUUUUGUAAAUAUCUGUGUAAAUAUUAGCACCUUGGUGUUUUUCACAUCUGUCUAUCUCAAUUUCAAGCUAAACUAUCCUCUCCAUGGGUUAUACGGAGCUGUGGUAAAAGGGAUGUGUUGAGCACACCUAAAACAGUGUUGGGGUAAACACUGUUUUCACAUAUGAAAAGUUUUUCUGGCUUAAACAGUCAAUCUCAAAGGUUAAUUCUAAAAUUGUACUCUGUCCCCACAGCUGUCAGUGGAAGGUGGUAUAAGCCCCUUUUUUAAAAAAAGAGGAUAAUAACAAAAGUGAUUCACGUGCACAAGUCAAUAUUAAUGUUUUAUUAAUGCUUAAGAGUAUAUUUCACGGGAGAUUUUAUACUAAAAUUUCAAAUCGCAUUGGAAUUUGGUGCCAAUGGGACCACUUAACAAUCAUGUUAUGUUCAUGAAAAGUCUCUAAUUGUUUUGCCUUUUAGUAGAAUUGUUAAACUUGUAUAUAUGUUUCCUACGAAAUGUUAUCAGAAUAGUUGUUGGAGUUGAAGCUUUAUUUUUUUUAAUAAAUUUUAUAUUUAACUUAUGACUAAUAGUGGGCUUGUCCUGAGAACAUGUUAAAACAUUACAACAAAAGAAUUCUAAGAUAUACUUUAUUAUGUAACAAUAUAGUAUGUUAAAUACCUGUAAUAAAAGU